UUAUUUCUCACGUCACCACCUCCACCUUUGUCGUUUCUCAUCCACCUGAUCGACCCUCUCAUCUCUCCCCACCCAACAGCCUUCCUAUAUAUAGCCAAUUCCAGCCCCACUACUCGCAACCAAUUUCCUUUCCUGAAUUUUAAAUCCCCGUUUCAACAAAAUCUUUGUAUUCAUUCUUGAAUUUUCUUUGAUCAUCUUCAUCUUCUUCUUUGAAAGAUGGAGUGUAGGCCUUUGGAUAUCGUGAUCAAGUCAGCCAAGGACUUGAAGGACGUGAAUCUUUUCUCGAAGAUGGAUGUGUACGCCGUUGUCAAGAUCGACGGAGAACACAGCCUCAAAUCCCACAAGCAAAAGACACCCAUAGACAAAGACUGUGGCCCGAACCCCAAAUGGAACUUCGCCAUGAAAUUCACCGUCGAUUACGCCGCCACCCAGCAGAACCGCCUUACCCUUGUCGUCAAGCUCAAGUCGGAUCGAAACUUUGGAGACAAAGAGAUCGGCGAAGUCCGCGUGCCCAUCAAGGAACUUUUGGACGGUUUCGGCGACGCGAAGGACGUGAAACACACGAGCUAUGGCGUCAGGACCCCAUCUGGGAGGCCGAAAGGCAUGCUGGAGUUCUCGUACAAAUUCGGGGAAAAGUUCACCUCGACUGGGCAUAAAAACAAAUAUGUGGCAGGCAAGGAGCAACAACCGGUUAUGGCGUAUCCGAUGGGGCACGCGGCGGGAUCUAGCGGCGCAUAUCCACCUCCUGCUACUUAUGCGCACGCGCCGCCACCUGGUGGGUACCCACCUAAUAGCGCAUAUCCACCUCCGGGAGCAUACCCAGCUCCUGCUUAUUAUGCGCACGCGCCGCCACCGGGUGGCUACCCACCUGCUGCGCCGGCAUAUGGUGGUUACCCACCGCAGUAUCCUCCCCCGGGUGGGUAUCCACCUCAGGCGGGAUACGGAUAUGGAGGGUACGGAGCGCCGAUGAUGCAGCAACAGAAGCCACCAAAGAAGAGCAGCGGAGCUGGAGGGAUGGCUUUGGGGCUAGGAGCGGGAUUGUUGGGUGGGUUGAUAGUCGGAGACAUGGUCUCGGAUAUUGCUGAUUCCGGAUAUGAUGGCGGGUUUGAUGAUGGUGGUGGUUUUGAUUUCUAGAUCUUGUUUUUUUUUUUUUUCAAUUUUUUUUUUUUCAAUUUUUUUUUUUUGUUUUUUUGGCUUAAAUUUCAAUUUCGUUUUAGAUGGAUUGCUCGUUUCCAGAUCGAGGGUUGGAUAUCAUACUAACUAAAUAAAUUCACGGAUUUUCCACAUUUAUUGUGGGUUUGAA